AUUGUUCUUUCUGGUCUUUACGAGGUACCUGGGACAUGAUUACAUUCUAAACAUCACACAUUCUCUGUAAUUUCUUUCUCUUUCUCUCUGUGUUCUUCUUCAAUACAACUCUGCUCUCUUCGGUGGCACAAAACCACUUCCAAGAACUUAACACGCGCCACCGUUUUCUCUCUCUUCACCAGCUCUGCUCUCUGUACAGAAACAGCUUCCACUGUGUAAAUCGCAAUGCAGGCAACUGAGACCAGGACUGUUCAAGUUAAGCAGCUUUCAGAUCUAGCUGGUGAGAGAGAGAUUCACGAGUUCUUCUCCUUUUCUGGAGAAAUUGAGCAUGUUGAGAUCCUCAGUGAAGGUGGCAAAUCAAAGACUGCGUAUGUGACAUUUAAAGAACCUAAAGCACUUGAAAUUGCAUUAUUGUUAUCGGGAGCAACAAUAGUGGACCAAGUUGUGAGGAUAACUCCAGCUGAUAACUAUGUACCAAAUCAUGAGAUGCAGGAAGAAAGGUUGGUGGAAAAUACUAUAAACUUUGCUCCUUCUGAAAAUGUCUCCACAGAUAUUGAGGAAGGAAAAGCCAGCCCCACCAAUAGAAGAAUCUACCUUACCAGAGCACAAGAUGCAGUUACAAGUAUGCUGGCAAAAGGUUCAGCAAUAAGGCAGGAUGCUGUGAACAAAGCUAAAGCAUUUGAUGAAAAACACCAAUUGACUGCCAAUGCAUCUGCAAAGGUCAUUUCUUUUGACAAGAGAGUUGGACUGACUGAGAAAUUGACAGUAGGCAUUGCAGCAGUGAAUCAGAAAGUCAAAUCUGUGGAUCAGAGGCUUCAUGUUUCAGAUAAAACAAUGGCAGCAAUAAUUGCAGCGGAGAGGAAGCUGAAUGACACUGGAUCGGCUGUCAAAACUAGCAGAUAUGUGACUGCUGGAACAGCAUGGUUAAAUGGUGCUUUUAGCAAGGUGGCAAAGGCUGGACAUGUUGCAAGUACUAAAACUAGAGAAAAAUUUAAUAUGGCUGUCUCAAACUUGACAACAAAGGAACCGUCAGUGGCUGCAGCAUAGGCCAGAAUUCUGGUAAUGAAGUCACUUCAUCAGGUCUUUCAGAACGUGUUUUUUAAACUAUUUGAGCAUUCACUGCAUUCUUUCUGUCCUUCAACAGUUAGAUGCAAGUGGCAAAUGCGGUGAUUCAUUUUCAAUCCUAUUUUUUGUAUUCUUUUCUCACUCUGGUGUUCUGGUUGUUGCUUAUAUGUAAUUUUUAGCAUUGGUAAUUUUGGCUUUCUUUCUAUUUCUUUUUGUGAAAAGGAAAUUAUAGGUGUGUUAUGCAACUGUGUUUCCUAUGUCAAAAAAAUAGUUUUGCAUGUAUAACUUGGUUCAAAGAUUUAAGUGGGAAAUUAUCAUCAUGCACACUACAAAA